CACACCCCCACCCCAGACUCAUUCCUUUGGGACCGGAAGAAUCCUGAAGCCUGAGGUUCUGGUGGGACCCUGCGUGAUGAUUCGGCUCCGAUAAAUGUACAGAACCCAGGCCAAUCCUAUGUCCGUGAACCCGGGCGCAACAUCUCAGGCCAGGCGCUCACCCCCGCGGCCUCUGACCCGCGCUGCGCUCGCGAGUCCUUCCCGGGCCGCGGCUUAGCGCGGCGGGGUGCUGAACGCCUUCUCUCCCGCGCGCCUAGCUCUGUGGCUCUGCACGCUGCGAUUCAGAAACUCUUCACGUUAAACUGGGAAGCAGAAAUGGCAGCUAUGCUGCCCAGGUGGGAACUGACUCUCUGCCUGCUUAUUUCCUUGGGCUUCCACUUCCGCUCUUUUUAUGAAGUUUAUAAAGUCUCCAGAGAGCAUGAAGAGGAACUGGACCAGGAGUUUGAGCUGGAGAUGGAUACUCUAUUUGGAGGACUGAAGAAGGACCCUACUGACUUUGAGUGGAACUUCUGGAUGGAAUGGGGGAAGCGGAGGCUGGUGUGGCUCUUCCUUGGCCAUGUGGCCGUGUCUCAGUUGGCCACAUUACUCACAAAGGAGCACAGACCCUGGAUUGUCAUGGUCUAUGGAAUGUGGGCCUGCUGGUGUGUCCUGGGGGCUUCAGGCGUGCUCAUGGUCCUUCUCCACAGCACCAUCGCCUUCUGCGUGGCUCAGUUCCGAUCCGUGCUCCUGUCCUGGCUGUGUUCUCUCCUUCUACUCUCCACCCUAAGGCUACAAAGUGUGGAGGAAGUUAAGAGAAGGUGGUACGAGACAGAGAACGAGUAUUACCUGCUGCAGUUCACACUCACUGUCCGCUGCCUGUACUACACCAGCUUCAGCCUGGAGCUGUGCCGGCAGUCUCCGUCUGCUCAGCCUGCCUCCUAUUCCUUCCCGUGGCUGCUGACCUACGUCUUCUAUUAUCCCGUCUUCCACAACGGGCCCAUCCUUAGCUUCCCGGAGUUCUUCAGACAGAUGCAGCAGCCAGAGCUCAGUUCUCUGCAGCACAACCUCUGCAUUCUAGCCAAGGGCCUGGGCCGCCUGCUCUGCUGGUGGUGGCUGGCUGAACUGAUGGUACACCUCAUGUACAUGCAUGCCCUCUACAGCAGCAUCCCCCUUCUGGAGAGUGUUUCCUGCUGGACCUUAGGAGGACUGGCGCUGGCCCAAGUGCUCUUCUUCUAUGUGAAGUACUUGGUGCUCUUUGGUGUCCCGGCUCUGCUCCUGCGCCUGGAUGGACUGACACCGCCAUCCCUUCCCCGCUGCGUGAGCACCAUGUUCAGCUUUACUGGGAUGUGGAGGUAUUUUGAUGUCGGACUACACAGUUUCUUAAUCAGGUAUGUGUACAUCCCACUGGGUGGGUCCCAGCGUGGCCUAUUGGGGACACUGCUUUCUACUGCGACAACAUUUGCAUUUGUGAGCUACUGGCAUGGCAGCUAUGAGGACCUCUGGUGCUGGGCAGCACUCAACUGGCUGGGAGUCACUGUGGAGAGUGGGGUCCAGAAGCUGCUAAAGACACCCUGUGUCCAGGAGACUUUGGCCCGGCACCUCUCCCCACGAGCCCGCCGUCGACUGCACGCUCUGCUCGCCGCCUGCUCCACCUCCAUGCUCAUUCUCUUCAACCUGGUGUUCCUUGGGGGAAUUCAAGUUGGGAAAACCUACUGGAAGAGGAUCUUCCUGCAAGGGUGGCCGUGGGUGACCCUGUCUGUCCUGGGAUUCCUGUACUGCUAUUCACAUGUGGGCAUUGCCUGGGCUCAGACAUACACAGUUCAUUAACUGUGUAUGGCUGCUGGGCCAGCUCAGCCUCCGCGGGACAUAGCAUUUCAUCCUGACCUCUUACUCUGAGACCAUCACCAAAAGACUACCUUCCACUCUAGGACAGUCCCUGAGGGACCAGCUGCCAUCAUCUUCUGGUGAAGACACUUCAUUCCAAGACUGACAGCUUCAUCAAUCACAGUAAAUAUACAACCCAAACAUCUUCUAGAUUUGGAGCCUCAGAGAUUUGUUUAUGUACCCCCAGAAGCUUCCUGAUGCAUCAGGUAUAAUCCAGAGAAGUCUCAGGUUUUUCCUGACUAUACUUGUGAUGUUUGCUCCAGAACCUUCCAUAAACUUGUUUGGUUCUUUUCUUCUCCACCAAAGAUUCGGUGUGGCAGACGUGUGACAUGGAAGUCCUGGUUAGGGAUAGGCCUGCCAUCCUUGGGGUGUCUUUCUGAGAAAUUCUGUGAUAUAUUGAUGACCCCUUUCCAUGUGCUUCACUGGGAGCUCUGGACUAACCUUCGUGUGAAUGGUCAUUAGACAGGGGACCAGCAGAACCAUCAUUCACAUUUCAGGUGACCCAGCUAGAGUGGGUAAUGUGCAGCUGGAACUUUCCAAAGAGUUCUGUAAUUUGAACUUUAUUGAAGAGUCCACACAUGGCUGCUGCUUUCUGAGACCUGUAGCCUUGGAGGAACAUGGAGGUUCCUCUCACAGCUGUUCUGCACAGAAGUGGGGUUUCAAAGCCAGAGAAUAAGAUGUCCACACACAGGUCGUGUUGCACAAGGCCUCUGGGGAGAAUGGCAUCCCACGGUCCCAUGUCUUUUACUCAGUAGGUUUUAUUGCCUUACUUUCAUUAAAACAAACAAACAAA